CAAGAAAGCCCUUUACCGCAGUAAAGUUCCACACUCUUCUCUCGCUUAUUACUAGUCAUGUCCGCCACGGAUCCGGUUCUUGUUGCGCCCUCUUUGGGCAUGAGGAAGAAUGGCAAAAACUGGCAUCAGCCCAAAAAGCCGUUCCGCCCUAACGCAGGUCAGACUUCAUAUGCAAAGAGACUUGAAUUACGCAAGCAUCAAGAAGCAAUAAAGGAGCAAGAAAGGGAGCUGAAGGAAGAAAAGGAAGCUGAGAGAAAGGCCCUCAUCCAGAAGAUAAAAGACAGAAGAGCCGCCAAGGAGGAAAAAGAGCGCUACGAGAAGAUGGCAGAGAAGAUGCACCGCAAGCGAGUCGAGCGGUUGAAGCGGAAAGAGAAGCGCAACAAGUUGCUCCACUCAUAACGGUGAACAACAUAUCCUGAAUAUUUGCUUUUAUCUUAGUCUAUUUGGUAUACAUGGAAAGAUAUCCAGGCGCUUGGUUACUGUCUUCCCAGUGGCCUCAGUAUGGCCGCGAUUGCACGGCGUAUGGGGUUUGGAGCAUCUAUGACGAAUUUAGAUUCAUAUCAUAUCUGCAAUGGAGUUAUAUGUUUGUAGUCAAUAGAAGGAGGAAAAUAAGACAAAUCAUUUAUCACACGAG